ACACCAAAAUUAAACCAGUAUCAAAUAUCCUCCAAUUUAAAGCGCACAAAAUAAGAAAAAGAGAUGUAACUAAGAAAUAAGAUGCUAGAUGUGCUAGGUUUGGUUUGGUGUUUUUUUUAGCCAAUCGUCUUGAAGAAUAUAAUGAAUUCCUACGUCAAACUUAACGCAAGACAGCUAUUGUCAGAGUUUCCGGAUCACAUCUUGGUCGAUGUCUUGAAUAAUUUAUCAUCUGCUUGUAUUGGACCAGUUGAGACUUUGCUAAUGUUCUAGACAAAGCAAGACCUCGGACAACUCUACCAGAAAAUGGCGUUCAAGAUCACACUGUUGUGUGUAGCUCUCUAUCUAGCCACGACCCAGGCCAAAAAAGUAACAGAGGCGUACAUGUAUCACGGCAAAGUAGUAAAAGUACAACGAGAAGUAGAAGACGACGCAGUUAUGCAAAAACGUGACGCUAAUCCAUGCGGGAUGAGCUGCCCGAUGUCAUGCGCACCAGCGUGCACUCCUAUGUGCUGCAUGGCACCACCACCCCCACCCCCACCCCCACCAGUGAUGUGCUGUGCUCCACCACCACCCCCACCAGCAAUGAUCCCCGGACCACCAGGACCCCCAGGAUGCAUGGGACCACCCGGAUCUCCUGGAUGCCGUGGACUUCCCGGAUGUAUGGGCCCUAUGGGCCCGAUGGGACCCCCCGGAUCUCCUGGCUGCCCCGGAUCACCCGGAGCACCAGCUCCACCCGCUCCUCAAUGCCCACCGAUCUGUAUCCAUCACUGUAUGAAGAUCUGCCCCAUGCCAUGCUGCUCCCCACCACCACCCCCACCGGUUGUCUACUACCCUCCACCACCCCCACCACCAAUGCCAGUAUGCAUGCCUUCUUGUGCCCCAGCGUGUUGCAAAUAGACAAUUAGCGCGAAGAGCGCAUGGGAACACGGACGGAGGAAUAAAGGGAUGGCGUCUAUUCCAUAACAUAUCCAUAACAUAGAGAUAAUCACGUGACUACAAUAGACGAAUUAGUCGUUUAUAAUAAACGUAUUUAUCACUCAAUUAUUAAUAAAGUUAGUGUGAUACUGAUUCUUAUGCUACAGUCAUGAUUGUAUUACACAUUUACCAAGUCCACCAAGACAGUCUAGACACCUGUUCAAAACAGAUACCUCUAAUACCGACACUGACCUCUUAUAUACCAAUUACAAAAAUAAAUAACAUGAUUUCUUUA